AGCAGCCUGUGCGGGAGCCUCCGGACGCUGCCCGGGCAGGCAGGCAGGCGCUCGCUCCGUCGGUCAGCGAAAGGUUCUGGCUCAACCAUGGGGAAGCAGAAUAGCAAGCUGCGUCCGGAGAUGCUCCAAGAUCUCCGGGAGAACACAGAAUUCUCUGACCUGGAGCUUCAGGAGUGGUACAAGGGCUUCCUCAAGGACUGUCCCACAGGCAUACUCAACGUAGAGGAGUUCAAGAAGAUCUAUGCCAACUUCUUCCCGUACGGCGAUGCCUCCAAGUUCGCCGAGCACGUCUUCCGCACCUUUGACACCAACGGCGACGGCACCAUCGACUUCCGAGAGUUCAUCAUUGCUCUCAGUGUGACCUCACGGGGAAAGCUGGAGCAGAAGCUGAUGUGGGCCUUCAGCAUGUAUGAUCUGGAUGGGAACGGCUACAUCAGCAGGGAAGAGAUGCUGGAAAUUGUGCAGGCCAUCUACAAAAUGGUCUCUUCGGUGAUGAAGAUGCCAGAGGAUGAGUCAACUCCCGAGAAGCGGACAGAAAAAAUCUUCCGGCAGAUGGAUACCAAUAACGACGGCAAGCUUUCUCUGGAAGAGUUCAUCAAAGGUGCUAAGAGCGACCCGUCCAUCGUGAGGCUGCUGCAGUGCGACCCCAGCAGCGCCUCGCAGUUCUGAGCGCCUCCCUCUCUGCGCAGGAAAUGG